AUGGCUGUGAGUGAUUCACGGUUCGGGCUCGGCUCAGGCUUGGGCUUGGGCUUGGGCAUGGGCAGUGGGCCUGGGGCAGACGCGGUGUCACCUUCGGCGGCGACGGGCCCAGGCGCGCUGCUACAAGGUCCUCUAUUCUCCUCCCUCAGCCUGUGUGAAGACAGAACGCCACUCCCUCGUCGCGCGGCGGUGAUUUCUCCCCCUUGGCGAACACGCCACCCAAUCGCCGCCGCCUCAAGAACCCCUCUCGAUAUUACCCCCUCUCGAUUGUCACUAGACCCCACUAGACUAGCAUUCAACAUGAUCUCCUAUGUGGAAGACUGUUCAAGAGGUGGUGGAUUUUAUUCUCCGCAGAAGAGCUGA